UCCUAGUCAGAUUAGUUCUAGUCAGAUUAGUUUCCGCUGUACCACGACAAGAAUUCCUAGAAGUUCUCCAUUUAAAUACCAUAACUGCCUUUCUCAAGAUACCAUAUUCAAGGGUUUUUAGGCCACUGUGGCUUACCCUACAGGAAUACACUCUGCUCUUGUUCUGGAGUGCAGCAGCUUCACCACUAUCCACUUGGCAUUGUCUUUUUGGGACAAAAAAUUUGAGGGACCUAUCCAGGGAACCCUCUGUCCCUCUUCCCCACCUUCCGAAGGCAAGGAACUUUCCUUGCAAAAGAGGUAUCGGGAGCUCUUAGCCAGGUUUUUGGAAAAGGCCUAUGGGUUGUUAAUGGAUGUGAACUAGAAAAGGAAUAGGGGCUUUCGUACCUUGAAAUACUUGACUAGGUGUUUUGUAUAGUAUCCAUUAUUAUUUGGUUGUAUCUUCACAGCAUUCAUGUGAAGUAAUUUAUUCGUUACCUUCAGCUGCAUGUAACGAAAGCCGAUUAAAUUGGCUUAAAUAAGGAAACUAUCACAUUACAAGAAGUCCUGAUUUAAAGUGGCUCUAAGGUUAGUUAGUUCAGUGGCUCAUUGAUAAUGCCAACUUAGCAGGUUCUUGCAAUCUCUUUGCUGUCCUCUCUGUUGGUUUCAACUCAUGUUUGUUCACCUCAGGGUUCCAAGAUGGCUAUUGUUAUUCCAGGAAGGAAAUGCUGAAAGAACGAAGUCUAGCAGAAGAGGGACUAAUUUUUUUUAUUAGUGUUUCAUUUUAAAGAAAGGAAAUCCUUGGAAGCCCCAGGAAAUCUGGCCUCGUGUCUCAUUUGCUAGAAAUUGGUCAUCUUCCCACUAUUCUGUCAUUGACAUAGCAAAUGAGAUCAUCCAUCAUGAGUGGCUUAGAUUAAUUACAAGUUAUUCUGUGAGUCAUAUGGAUUAGAAAGACAAGUCAUGUUUGCUAGGCAAGAAAGAAGGGGGUAAGGACUCUUGGUUAGGCAUCCAGCAGUGUCUGCUCUAUGAGGAAAAACUGUUGUUUAUUUAACAGAUGAGGAAUGUGAUGUUCAGAGAGAGUGUAUUUCCUAGAGUCACAGAUAGUAGCAGAGGGCCUUCAGUGUCAGCUCUGACUGUCCCUAAAGCCAGUAUGUUUUAUAUUGUGUUCUGCUGCAGUACAAAGUAGCUUUCUGCCAUGUAAAAAUUGCUUGUGUAGGAGAAGAGAUCUCAAGUGUCAUGUUGGCUAGCCUCAGCCCAUGCAAGAGGAGAGAGGAUUCUAUCCAGUUGCUUUCCUCAUCCAGUGAUGUUUAUCUAGCACAGUUAGGAACACAACUUUCAGAGGGCACUGAUUUCUGUGCCCCUGAGAUUUCUACACUAUUUUAUAGUUCUCCCUUCUGAGAGCAACCAUAUCACAAGGGAUGAGGGCAGAGUUUUAGCCUGCUUCCUGAGCCCCUCUGUGAAUCCCACUCACCUAUUCAUCCAUCUACCUGUUCCACAAGAUAUUUAUAAAAUGCUGCUGUGUAACAAGCAGUGGCACUGUUCUAGGCACUGGGGCUUUGUCAUUUAAGAUACAAAGAGACCCUGCUCUUAUGUCCUUAAGACUCACUUGGGAAUCCAAAACUAUGAUGUGCAUGUGCUCAGAGGAGAGCUCUCACAACUUUGCUUUUGGAAGAAUCAAACUUUUUUGCCUUCCUAUUUCCUGAUACUGUAAUUUCCUAUGCAUAGGAGAUAUAUCUGUAUAUAUCUGAAAUAUUCCUAUUUCCUGACAUUACAAUUCAUGAGCCUUUCACACGGGCUUACAGAUGGGGGAUCCUGAGUAGCAACAGUAAAUGGGAAGGCAUCAUUGACAUUUAUUAAAUUGGAUUGAAUUAGAAGGUCCAAAUUCUGCCUCAUCCAUGUCAUCAAAUAAGGCUUACCUUUGGGGUCCUCAUCGUCACUAUGUCUAUUCUGGGAGACACCUAAGAAGCCUACAGUCAUUUAGGGAACCUGUUGAGGGGGUUGAGGGUGUGAUAGACCCUUGCAAAAGCUGAUAUUUACCCCUGUCAACUGCUGUGGAAUCCCUUUAGUCAAGGAUUCAAAGUAACUUUUAAGAUAGUGUUUCAUCUAGUAACAUUUGAUAUUUUAAAAUUGGGGAGAGCAUUUUUUGUAAAAGGUAGUUAUAAAAGUCAACUUAUAAAGUGUUUACUAUACGGUAGGUGCAUCUAAUAAGUGCUUUAAAAUGGUAACUAUAGUAAAUACAUCCUUACUAACAUUUAGGGUGGAUUUUCUGGAUGCAUAACGUGCAUUCGUUAACUUCACAGCUGUGAGGAAACUGAAGCCCAGAGAGGCUCGAGUGACUGAUCAAAGUCCCCUCAGUGAUUGGGCUGGACUAAAGAUAGGAUAUUUUUUCCUUUUCCUCUUUGUCCAAAGCUUUUUUAAAAAGAGUGUAUUUUGAUUAUUAAAAGUCUAAAACAUUACUGAUGCUUCGGGACGUAGGGAAAAAUCAUGAAUCAUUCCUCAUCCUGAAUAAAAUAGUAUCAUAUUUCUUUAAGGCAAGAAAGACUAAUGUGCUGGUCCUAAUAACCUUAUAAAGCUUACAUUCUAGUGGGGGAGACGGCACAUAAUAAACUAGUACAUGAAAACUGGAGAUUGGGAUAUGGGCUAUUAGGAAAUACUGUAAUAAUAUACAGAAGUCCCUGAUCAUAGAUCAGACGUCCGGGCAAGACCUCUGAGAUGUCGUAAGUCGAAGUAUCAAGAGUGGGGAGCUGAGGGGAAGGGGUGAGGGUGAAGAGGAAGAGGGCUCCUGCCAAGGGAACCAGAAACAGACGCUCCAGGUCUAUUAGGCGCUUUUCCUUUUGCAGGAAUUGGAAGCAGACCAGUAUAGCUGUAGCAUAGUGAUGAGGAAGAUUCUCACUUGAGGGGAAAGGCUGGGGCCCCGUUACAACAGGCGGUUUGGCCCCAGAAUGGACUUUGGGUCUUAGCCUGACGAGGCGUUAUUAAAGAGUUUUAAACAUGGAAGUUAUUCGAGCUGAUGUUUGUGUAAAGUCAUGUUUCUUAAUCUAACCGAGUUAUAGUGUACAUCCCCCCCCCCCCAAAAAAUGGUCGUCAAAGCAACUCUACAAACGGAGUGAUCAGCUGUGGUGAUCACUUCACCGCCUGCAGAGGAGGCGUGUGAGGCGGUCCAAACCGGGCGUGGUGAGAGGGUUUCGAGAAGGAGGGGGCUUCUACCCAAGACCGGAGAUCGGCCCGGGGCCCUCAGAUCUUGGUCCUGCCCGUCGCACUAACCACGUUCCCGGGAGGCUCCCGUGCAGGUUGGCUACGCCGCCCUCCAAGACGUCGUCUCAGACAAGCACGGCCCUGCACCAAGGCGGCAGGAGGAGUCCAGCCCCUCGGGGUUGUCUCCGGCCUGCACCGCCCGGCAGAGGACAGCGGGAGGGCCGACCCCGCAGCGCUCGCCACCCACGGCCGCGCUCGCCUCAGGCCCCGCCCAGGCGCGGCGCCCGCUCGGUGACACCUCCCCUGCGUCCUCCGCGCCGGCCGCGCCCGAACGGCUAAGCUGAGAGGCGAGGCUUGGACGUCCGGCGAGCCCGGGCAGCGGAACUGACGCCAGCGGGCUUCCGGGGGCGGCCCCCGGGGAGGUCGUCGGCGGCGCCGCAGUCGUGGAGAGGCAGUGGGAGCGUAAGCGGCCGCGGGCGACGCAAGUUCCGUACGGAGCUCUGCUCUUCUCGCCACACGCUUCUUCCUCUCUCCUAGUCGCGUGCUGCCUCCCGACGGCCGAUCUUCCUGACGGGAGCUUUCAGAGUGCGGUUGCUGAGGAGAAGCUGUCGCCACCCCGCCUCCGGGCCGAGUGAGGGUUCCUGUCGCGCCGCGUCGCUCCCUGCGCCGCCACCUUGCCCUCAGUGGCGGGCGCCCUUCUCGCUUGAAGCACUCCCCCCAGCUCCAUGAAUGGAAAUCGGCUCCGCAGGACCCGUUGGGGCCCAGCCCCUACUCAUGGUGCCCAGAAGACCUGGCUAUGGCACCAUGGGCAAACCCAUUAAAUUGCUGGCUAACUGUUUUCAAGUUGAAAUCCCAAAGAUUGAUGUCUACCUCUAUGAGGUAGAUAUUAAACCUGACAAGUGUCCUAGAAGAGUGAACAGGGAGGUGGUUGACUCAAUGGUUCAGCAUUUUAAAGUAACUAUAUUUGGGGACCGUAGACCAGUUUAUGAUGGAAAAAGAAGCCUUUACACAGCCAAUCCACUUCCUGUGGCAACUACUGGGGUAGAUUUAGAUGUUACUUUGCCUGGGGAAGGUGGAAAAGAUCGACCUUUCAAGGUGUCAAUCAAAUUUGUCUCUCGGGUGAGUUGGCACCUACUACAUGAAGUACUGACAGGACGGACCUUGCCUGAGCCACUGGAAUUAGACAAGCCAAUCAGCACUAAUCCUGUGCAUGCUGUUGAUGUGGUGCUACGACAUCUGCCCUCCAUGAAAUAUACGCCUGUGGGGCGUUCCUUUUUCUCAGCUCCAGAAGGAUAUGACCACCCUCUAGGAGGGGGCAGGGAAGUUUGGUUUGGAUUCCAUCAGUCUGUUCGGCCUGCCAUGUGGAAAAUGAUGCUUAAUAUUGAUGUUUCUGCCACUGCCUUCUACAAAGCACAACCUGUAAUUCAGUUCAUGUGUGAAGUUCUUGACAUUCAUAAUAUUGAUGAACAACCAAGACCUCUGACUGAUUCUCAUCGGGUAAAAUUCACCAAAGAGAUAAAAGGUCUGAAGGUUGAAGUGACUCAUUGUGGAACAAUGAGACGGAAAUAUCGUGUUUGUAAUGUAACAAGAAGGCCUGCCAGUCAUCAAACCUUUCCUUUACAGUUAGAAAAUGGCCAAACCGUGGAGAGAACAGUAGCACAGUAUUUCAGAGAAAAGUAUACUCUUCAGCUGAAGUACCCACAUCUUCCCUGUCUGCAAGUGGGACAGGAGCAGAAACAUACCUAUCUGCCACUAGAAGUCUGUAACAUUGUGGCAGGGCAGCGAUGUAUCAAGAAGCUAACAGACAAUCAAACCUCCACUAUGAUCAAAGCAACAGCAAGAUCUGCACCAGAUAGACAAGAGGAAAUUAGCAGAUUGGUAAGAAGUGCAAAUUAUGAAACAGAUCCAUUUGUUCAGGAGUUUCAAUUUAAAGUUCGGGAUGAAAUGGCCCACGUAACCGGACGUGUACUUCCAGCACCUAUGCUCCAGUAUGGAGGCCGGAAUCGGACAGUAGCAACACCAAGCCACGGAGUAUGGGACAUGCGAGGGAAACAAUUCCACACAGGAGUUGAAAUCAAAAUGUGGGCUAUAGCUUGUUUUGCCACACAGAGGCAGUGCAGAGAAGAAAUAUUGAAGGGUUUCACGGACCAGCUGCGUAAGAUUUCCAAAGAUGCAGGGAUGCCUAUCCAGGGCCAGCCUUGCUUCUGCAAAUAUGCGCAAGGGGCAGACAGCGUGGAGCCCAUGUUCCGGCAUCUCAAGAACACCUACUCUGGGCUGCAACUCAUUAUUGUCAUCCUGCCAGGAAAGACGCCAGUGUAUGCGGAGGUGAAACGUGUUGGAGAUACACUUUUGGGUAUGGCCACACAAUGUGUUCAAGUCAAGAAUGUAAUAAAAACAUCCCCUCAAACUCUCUCAAAUCUGUGCCUAAAGAUAAAUGUUAAACUUGGAGGGAUCAAUAAUAUUCUUGUACCUCAUCAAAGACCUUCUGUGUUCCAGCAACCAGUGAUUUUUUUGGGAGCAGAUGUCACUCAUCCACCAGCCGGUGAUGGGAAGAAGCCUUCUAUUGCUGCUGUUGUAGGUAGUAUGGAUGCCCACCCAAGCAGAUACUGUGCUACAGUAAGAGUUCAGAGACCCCGUCAGGAGAUCAUCCAGGACCUUGCCUCCAUGGUCCGAGAACUUCUCAUUCAAUUUUAUAAGUCAACUCGGUUCAAACCUACUCGUAUCAUCUUUUAUCGGGAUGGUGUUUCAGAGGGGCAAUUUAGGCAGGUAUUGUAUUAUGAACUACUAGCAAUUCGGGAAGCCUGCAUCAGUUUGGAGAAAGACUAUCAACCUGGAAUAACUUACAUUGUAGUUCAGAAGAGACAUCACACUCGAUUAUUUUGUGCUGAUAGGACUGAAAGGGUUGGAAGAAGUGGCAAUAUCCCAGCUGGAACAACAGUUGAUACAGACAUUACACACCCAUAUGAGUUUGAUUUUUACCUCUGUAGCCAUGCUGGAAUACAGGGUACCAGCCGUCCUUCACACUAUCAUGUUUUAUGGGAUGAUAACUGCUUUACUGCAGAUGAACUUCAGCUGCUAACUUACCAGCUCUGCCACACUUAUGUGCGCUGUACACGAUCUGUUUCUAUACCUGCACCAGCGUAUUAUGCUCACCUGGUAGCAUUUAGAGCCAGAUAUCAUCUCGUGGACAAAGAGCAUGACAGUGCUGAAGGAAGUCAUGUUUCAGGACAGAGCAACGGACGAGAUCCACAAGCUCUUGCCAAGGCUGUACAAAUUCACCAAGAUACCUUACGCACAAUGUACUUUGCUUAAAAAGUCUAAGAAUAUUCUCUGAAAGGAAGAACUGGAAGAUGAAUUUACAUACAACUUAUGUUUCCAGUGGAGUCCAUUGAGUGGGAAUGCCUCCAGCCAUACAGAAACCAACACUGUGUGGGGGCCAGGGUCUGAUCUUUAUGCUGAUACAAGGAAGAUUGUUUACUUCAUCAAGGAACACAGCACCAUUAUGCAAUAUGAAACCAGCCAACUGCUUUUUUUGUGCGGUCUCCUGUAGGAAGUAUCGCAAUUGUUUUGUUUUCACUUUCUUGUAGUCAAACCCUUUUAAUGCCUUUACCUCAAGUUGCUUGGCAGCACAACUCUUUGCAAAAAAAAAAAGUAAAGAAAAAGUAAAUGAUGGUUUUUAAAAAAAACACAGCUAUAUGAAUAAUCAAAGUGAUUGUUCACAAGUUAUGUGUGCAAAAAAUUAAUGUGUAUUCGUGUAUCCUUGUAAACGGUAUCUGUAUAUUUUACAUAUAUACAUGCAUACUGCAUAUGCAUAUAUAUCUGGAUCUACAUUGAUAAUAGAUAUAUAUGUAUCCGUGUAUAUAUUUUACAGUUCAUUCCAUUGGGGAACUUUCUUUCCCUUUUAUUAUCCUCCCACUACCACUUUUAUUUCUCUCUCUACCUCCCUUGCCUUCAUCACCUACAUUUUUUUCCUGAUGCUACCAGUGACAUUCAAAUGUUCAUGUAUCCGGUUCAUUUGAAAAUGAAGCAUGGCAAACUAGAUUUUUAUUUUUAUUUUGCACACCAUACUCCUGUCUCUUGUCUCAUACACAAUUCCGAGUCCUCAACUCUUAGUAUUGCUUUCUUAAGAAACAAGAUUAUUAUAUAUAUGUUUUUGUGAGAGUGAAUGUUCGCCCCUUCCUGCUCUGAACUUACAUUUGCCAUUCGUGCAAUGUGUACAUAAGCAGUAGCAACCCAAACUAUUCAUUUUCCUUAGCGAGUUUGUUAAAGCUGCUAUAAAUAUUUAAAAAAAAAAAAAAAACCUUGUCAGAAGGUAUAACUCUCUCUCUAUAAGUGAUAUGUAUCCUAAAGCCUUCUGUUUCUAUGUGUUAUACAUAGAAAUCCCUUAAAGCUUUUAUAAAGGGUAAAUAUUUUAAGUGAUUGGAACUGCAUAGGGUUGAGGCCUCUGAAAUUGGGUGGAGAGAAGGGGUUGUUGAGGUUUCUUUUAUUUUUUAUUUUUUUGCUAGUUUACUUGCUGCCUCUCAUACCUUAAUGUGAUUUUCAUAUAUAUAUAUUUUUAUAUAUAUGUGUGUAUAUAUAUAAACAUAUAUGUAUGUGUUUUGAAGUAUAGCUUCCUUUUCUUUUAUAUUUAUUAGAAUAGUGCUUUAAUAAUUAUAGAAUCGUAUUGGCAACAUCUUUUAUAGAAAUAUAAUCAUGUUUAUUUUAAGAACUGACUUGUUUUUGCUCUCUUUUAGUGCAAUAAGCAGUUUUAAAAGAAAGCCGUGUCUGUUUGACAUCUCUACCACAGAUAGUGGGAGAAACAGGCACCUCCAUAAUUUUACAAGGGCAAAGUAAUACAGCCUUAAUUUCAGAAGGAAAGUUUUGUAAUUUUCAAGUUUAAAGCACGUCUUUUAAAAAUCAUAAUGAAAAUGAGGGAAGUUAAUUUUCCUAAGUGAGUCUGACCUUGAAUAUUAGAAAAAAAGUUGAAGAACUUUGAUUUAAGUAACGACAAUGACUAGCUUAAGAUUUAGAAGACAUUUAAAUUCUUUGAAAAUAGAUAUUUAUUGAAGAAUCAUACUGGUGAGGUACCCAUCUUCAUUUACUAAAAUGAGUCAGGAAAAUAUAAAAUGAUAUUUUUAAAACUUUUUUUGCUAAUUCAUCACCGGUAUAACUUUCCUUUUAAAAUUAAGGUGAAGGUGACAAAGGAAGUUAGGACUUUGAUCAUUCUAAAUGAGUUAAAUCACUGAAAUGUUGAAAAAAACUUGCAAAACUAUUGUUUUAUUGACUUUAAGAUAUUAAAAAGUACUCUGAAGCUGUUAAAACCAAGUUCAUCAGUAACCUUGGAUUCAGGGGAGCUUUGCACUUUGUGACUCAUGAAAAUUGCAUUUUAAAUUUUUUUUUUUUUUUUUGCACUGGUUCAGAGUAUAGGUAUUAUGGAGUGUUUCCAGUGGGCAUUGUUGUUAACCUUUCAGAAUUCCAUCUGCACAUGAAAACAAAUAGAUUAGCUCUUUAGUUUCUCUCUUACCGAUAAUCUACACUUAUUGCCAAUUUACUGUAUUUUGAGCCUAAAAUCUGAGCCCAUGUCCUCCAACAGGUAUAAAAUCUUUUGUCCCUCUGCCAGAAAACUAAGAAAGUACUGUAUUUUGUAUGUUUAUUAUAUUGAAGUGUCUGAAAUGCAAUUUACAGCACUGUUUCAAAGCUCUUUACAUAAGGUAAUAUUUGUGUAGUAUAUACAUUUUUCUCCCAACCCUCCCCCCUCCUCCAAAAAAUUCCUAUAAAGCAUGUAUUUUUUCUACAUUGAAAUUUCACUGAAUAUAGUCCAGAACAUGGGCAAGAGGAGAAAAUAGUAUAUCCUAGGUGGUAAAAACUUGAUUGCGUGUGUUUGCUCAGUAUGAGUAAAACCUCUCCCUUUAUCAUUGGGAGUUGCACAGACUCAUGUGGGAAACUUCAGGGCCCAGGGAAGAACUCUAGACAACCUUUGCCUAUUUACCGCUUUACCUAAUUUACAGUCACUUAAUCUCACAUGUGCUAAAGUAAAGCCCAUGAUUUAAAUCUAUUUAGAAGGACUUUUACAGAGGAAAAAAAAUUAAUAUAAAGCUUUACCUUUGAAGUGAGUUCUUUUUAGGGUGCUCUUAGAGUUUCAACAUCGCUAGUUAAAAGUUGGUUAACUUGAAAGUAUAUGUAUAGUAUAUUUCUAUUUUGCUUACUAACAAAUUGGUAUAUCAAACUUAAUUACAAGAAACUUUGUGCUUAGAAUUUUAAGACAAAAGACUAAGUGGCAAAUAUUUUUUGAAAUUUGUUUUAAUUGUUAUUAUACGUCUAGUGUAGAAUUGAUCUUUUUUAUUUAAAAAAAAACAAAACAAAACAAAAAAAAGGUUAUUUUGAGCUUAAUGGUCAUGAAACUCAACAGUGACCUUUCUGUUCCUAUCCUUACUCACUAACUAUACAAUGAAUGCUAAAUUUUGGUCUGCUGUUUUCUGUGAUAUAUGAGUCACUUUAAAAUGUCAGUCCCAGCAACUGGUAUACUUGAUUUUUAUGUGAAGAAGAACUGGGAGUUUAAUGUAUAUUCUGGAUGGCAGAUGUGUCUGUGUAAAGUGCUGAUACAUGUUUUAUAUUACAGUAUCGAGUUACUGGCAUUGAGGACCAUGCGUUUCUAAUACUGUAGCUGCUAUAUUUAUUUAAUGAAGUAGAGUCUGACGUUACUGCACUAAACAGUAAGGAGAUGAGCAGGAUUCAAGGCUAGCAUUACCCCCCCCCCAUUUUUUGUCCCUUAAGAAAGAUUAAGAACAUGAAAUAUCAAGGUAACAAAGGGUGCUGCCGGUUUAGUUUCAAUUUAAUAUCAGGAUACUCUUUCUUUGUUUUAGAAAUGUGGAUUUUGACUUUAGCAGUUUUGAUAAAGGGUACCUCAGCCUCCUCAGUACUGAUUUUUGGCAUAUUUUCACAGAAGUAUAGAUGCCCUUUAUUUUAUUUCUUAAUAUUUGCCUUUUAACAAGUUUCUCAGAAAGAGUAUCCUUUUAUGGAAAUCUUCCUGUUUAUAACCUAUUAAUUUAUCUAUCUUCCUAGAAGAGAGUCUAGAUGGGAUUCUAAUAGGAAUAUACUGGGUGUUUUAGAAGGCACUUAAUAAAGAUUCACCUCUACCUUCUAGCAUAGAGACUCCUAGCCUUCUAAAAACCUAUACUAGUUUUCCAAACUAGGUCCUCUGAUGACCCACCACUGCCUAAAGUUUACUUCCUCUAAUGAAUGUUAGUAUGUCAGACCUCAUGACAGGCUUAGUUGUGACAAACAUAAGGUAUGUCUAGGGAAAUAAAAGCUGAGUUGCCAUUCAGUAGAAAUGGCUGGCAGAGGAUCUCAUUGUUUAAAGGAAAGAUGGACACUCAUAGUGCUACUAAUAGAUCUAAAGGAUGUAUUAUAGGCCAAGAAUUAGAGACUAUUACUCAAGGAAUUUGGUGGGUGUUUGAUUCAACAUGAAUUUGCCAUGGUUGUUACUUUUUAUGAAAUCCAUGAAGCUAGCCACUUGGAUUCAGUUAGAAUGUUUUGUAGCCUUGCUAUUGAAACUUAGUAGUAUUGUUUCACCAGGAAGCUUAGCAGACAACUCUGCGUAAAUUUUAUUCAGUAUCCUUAAACCUGGCUUAAAUACAUUUAACUCAUCCUUUUUAAGUGUUUUCCUAUUGAGUACUUUUAAAGACAGGUUGCCCCCAAGAGUAACUUGCUACUUAAAUUAUCUUUUAUGAGUUAUCAGUCAAGCUGCAAAAAAGACACCAUUGGCCUGGCACCUUUAUUCUGGCUUUUUGAAUCCUUUUCAUUCUUUUUGAGAAUUCAUGGAUGUCUUAAAGCUUCAAUAAUCAUAGUUGGGAGACUUUAUAUCAAGUGAGGCCUUUGUGAGUGGCAGUAUAGUGCUGACUCCAGAGUCUGUUUUCCUUUUUCUUUCUCAUUUGAUCAUAUAAAGCACUUUGUAAUUUAUAGGAGUCAAAAAAUAAGCCAAGAGUAAUAUGUUAAAUCAGUACAUAAAUGUGGGAGUGAGAAUUUUCUCCAAAAAAAUUUUUUUUAAUUCCUGCUUAUACUAAGAACAUUCUUGAUCAGUGGCAGUGUGGUUAGUGAAACCUAAGCUGACUCCCAGGAAGAAAAAAAAUCAACCUCUUUCUCUCUCAUAUAUAUAUA